CAAAACGGAAGAUGCUUGAGAAUAUACCGGUCUGAACCAAAUCCUCGGCUUCGAGCCCAUGCGGAUAACUCCCCACCAUCCUUUUCCUAUAUAAACCUGCCCUCCUCCUCCCCUUUUCUUCCCCGCAAUUCAAAAUCACCUUCUUUGUUAGAGAUUCCCUCUCAAAACAAACAACACAGCCAACUGGAUAAAACCUCUCUGCGGUGAACUUGUUCACGAAAAGACAACCUCUGUGAAAAUCGAACUACUAUGAAUUCUUGUACCCUCUCUGAAUCAGAUCAAGAACAUCUCUUGGAGAAACUCGAUGUCUUCAAGGUUAAAGGCAGAGACAAACGUGGCCGUCCGGUUCUUCUCAUCAUCGGCAAGCACUUUCCUGCUCGGAUGGUUAGCAGUGAGGUUAUGAAGAAGUACUUGGAGGAGAAGGUUUACCCCAAAUUGGGGGCGAAGAUGUUCUCGGUGGUGUAUGUGCACACAGAUGUUCAAAGGAGUGAAAAUUUCCCUGGAAUCUCAGCCCUUCGAUCAAUCUACGAUGCUAUUCCGACCGACAUCAAGGACAAUCUCGACGCUGUUUAUUUCUUGCAUCCUGGUUUACAAGCCAGACUGUUCCUUGCCACCCUUGGCCGUCUGUUUUUCAACGGAGGGUUGUACGCGAAGCUUAAAUACGUGAGCAGGCUGGAGUUUCUGUGGGAUCAUGUGAGGAGGAUGGAGAUGGAAAUACCAGAGUUUGUGCAUGAUCAUGACGAGGAGCUGGAGUACCGUCCGGCGAUGGACUAUGGAUUGGAGAGCGACCACCCUAGAAUUUACUCUACGACCUCCGUCCCUGUGGACCCAAUCUCCAUGUACUCCAUGAGGUGCAUUGCUUAAGCUUGGAGGGUGUUAGGAAAUGGAAAUGCAACUGUAGAUCGUAGAUUGUAGUGGAGUUUGGGGCCUUGCUUUUCUAUUUGUGAGGAUUGAGUUAUGAGAUCAAAUUUCAUUACUCAUUUUGCUUUCGAUGGAGGGUUGUUUAGGAGUUUUGUUCAUAUUGUACAAAGGGAAAGGUUGAAAUGCAUCCUUCCGUGGGUGUGAGAGAAACCAAAAUGUAUUCGUGGGUCACUGAGAGUUUGCUUUAUGCCUCUAUAGCAAAUUGAUCCCAGCCCAAGAACCCAGAAAGAUAAAGAGGGAAAAAAGAGCGUAAACAUGGAUAGAGCACACUGUAAAAAUGAAAAGAGUUGUAAGGGAUAAACAAAAAAGAAAGAAAAAAGCUGUUCCUAUUUCACUUGAACCCAAUACGACAGGUUGACGCCCUUUUUAUAUUGAGCAAUUCAGCAAAAGAAUCAUGUCAUACAAUCACAUAAAGCACAAUUUCGAGGAGUCGGCACUUAAAAAAUCUCCAAAUCAGAAACCUAGCAUGAUGCAUCGCGUUCUACUGCCUUAUAUGGCUGGUCGUGCUGAUAUUUCGUCCAUCCUCGUUGUUGGAAGUCCUGCAAGAGCUAACGGGCAAGGAUGGUAUCAAACCAAAUUUCCCAUUUAAUUUUUCAUUUGAAAGGAUUAAGCGUGAAGAGAGUUCAUUGGAAAGUGCCCCUCGUGGAUAUAUUCCUUCCAACAUUGUCAUCGGGGCAGGUGGGCCUUCAUUUUUAGCAAUGCUAAACAAUUCAGGAAGAAUGUCAGUCAAUUUAUGGGGCUUAACUUGGCUUUUAUACUCCAAAACCAGAAGAUAGUGUCCCUAGCCUGGCCCUGUUUGGAGUAUCGGAGUUACAGUAGACAGACAUGUCCCACCCAGAAAAGCCGCAAAGGGCAUGACAAUUUGCAAAUCCUGUCCUGCUGUCAUUAGUCCCGCAGCCAUUUCUACAAGAAAGAUUUGAAAGUACAAAACUGCUAGAUAUUGUUACUUCACAACCUUAGAGGAAGACCACAAACCACACUCCAAUCUCCGAAUGAGUUCGGAAAAGUUAAAGAACCCGAGGCUGGCACAUAACCAUAAGCUCUCCCCUAGACAUGCUUUUCUUUUUUUAUUUUAGUACAUUCCCUCCUCCAAGUCUAUCCUUGCUGACAGACACUUAAAAUUCUCUCAUUCCCUAUUCAUAGUAUUUUUCUGUAUCUAUUAUAUCCAAUGACCUCAAGAUGAGCUUCAAAUGGAUAA